GCCGGCGCGGGGCCCUUUAAGAAAGCGCGGCACAGUAGCAGGGGCCGGCCCUGCCUCCCGCAGCCCGCAGCGCUGGAGCGGCGCUGGGGAAUGGGAAGCAGUUCCCCGUCCGGCUCCGAGAGAGCGCACGUAGCAGCAGCAGCAGCAGGCACCCCAGCUCCGCUCGCUCAGCAGCAUCCAGCGUGGGGAUCAGCGCUCUGCCUGGCUCCCUGACACGGGAUGGACGUUCCUGAGCACUGAGCUCAGCCGCUGUAAAAAGCAAGUAGGAAAAUAAACAUCUGGAUAAAAUUGAACAUGAUUAGAAGAUAGCACCAUACACCAUGAUCAUGGCCCCCCGGAAGAGGAAUCGUCAUGCGUUGGGGUUUCUUUGUUGUUUUGGAGGUAGCGACCUCCCUGAAAUCAACCUCAAGGACAAUAAUCCCCUCCAAUUCCUUGAGUUUUCCGUCCCAAUCCCACCAGCAGAAGAGCUCAAUGCCAGAUUCGCCGAACUUGUGGAUGAAUUGGAUCUCACAGACAAGAACAGAGAGGCUAUGUUUGCACUCCCUCCAGAGAAGAAAUGGCAGAUUUACUGCAGCAAAAAGAAGGAACAAGAAGAUCCUAAUAAGCUUGCUACCAGCUGGCCAGACUACUACAUUGACCGCAUCAAUUCCAUGGCAGCAAUGCAGACUCUGUAUGCUUUUGAUGAAGAAGAAACAGAAAUGAAAAAUAAAAUAGUUGAAGACUUGAAGACAGCUCUGCGGACUCAGCCCAUGAGGUUUGUGACCAGGUUUAUUGAGCUGGAUGGCCUGAGCUGUUUGCUGAACUUCCUGAAGAGCAUGGACUAUGAGACCUCAGAGAGUCGCAUCCACACAUCCGUUAUAGGGUGUAUCAAGGCACUGAUGAACAACUCCCAAGGACGGGCUCAUGUCCUGGCCCAUCCUGAAAGCAUCAACAUCAUAUCCCAGAGCUUACGGACUGAGAACAUUAAGACCAAGAUUGCUGUGCUGGAGAUCCUAGGGGCUGUCUGCUUGGUACCAGAUGGUCACAAAAAAGUCUUGCAAGCCAUGCUUCAUUACCAAGUCUAUGCUGCAGAAAGGACAAGAUUCCAGUCAUUGUUAAAUGAGCUAGACCGAAGCAUGGGGCGAUACCGAGAUGAAGUAAACCUCAAAACAGCCAUCAUGUCCUUUAUCAAUGCUGUUCUGAAUGCAGGUGCUGGUGAGGACAAUUUGGAGUUCCGGUUGCAUCUCCGAUAUGAGUUUCUAAUGCUGGGAAUUCAACCUGUCAUUGACAAGCUCAGAGGACACGAGAAUGCCACACUGGACAGACAUUUAGAUUUCUUUGAGAUGGUCAGAAAUGAAGAUGACUUGGAGCUUGCCAAGCGGUUUGACCUGAUCCACAUUGAUACAAAAAGUGCCUCUCAGAUGUUUGAGUUGAUCAAGAAGAGAUUGAAGCAUACAGAUGCCUAUCCCUAUUUGUUAUCCAUCCUCCAGCACUGCUUGCAGAUGCCAUAUAAGAGGAAUGGAGGCACCUUCCAGCAGUGGCAGCUGUUGGACAGAAUACUCCAACAAAUUGUUCUUCAGGAUGAACGAGGAGAUGAUCCAGAUAUAGCUCCAUUGGAAAACUUCAAUGUCAAAAAUAUCAUUAAAAUGCUGGUGAAUGAAAAUGAGGUCAAGCAGUGGAGGGAUCAGGCAGAGAAGUUCCGGAAAGACCAUGCAGAGCUGAUGAGCAGGCUAGAGAAGAAAGAGCGGGAAUGUGAAACAAAGACCCAGGAGAAGGACGAAAUGAUGAAGACACUGAACAAAAUGAAGGACAAGCUGCAAAAGGAAUCCUUGGAGCUGCGCCAGACCCGAGACCAGAUGAAUGAUCUGGUGGCUCAACUUAAUGAGUUCUCGCAAGGGGGCAGCAUUUCCUUCCCACCCCCACCACCCCCUCCUCCAGGUGGCCCAUUAGCUUUGUCCUCUUCUCAUAUGUCUGAGAAUUUGCCACCACUGCCACCUCCUCUGCCUUUCUCCAGCUGUCCCCCCCCACCUGCUCCACCACCUCCACCAGGAGGACCUCCUCCUCCACCAGGAGCACCACCCUUCUUCAGCAUGGGGGUGCCACCCCCUUCAACAACUACCUUCAGCACCAGUGGCCCCAGUCUGAAGAAGAAAUCUAUCCCACAGCCUUCACAUCCACUGAAAUCCUUCAACUGGGCUAAGCUGAGUGAGGAGAGGAUCCAUGGCACGAUCUGGAAUGAGAUUGAUGAUUUAAAGGCAUUCAAGGUGCUGGAUCUAGAAGAUUUUGAAAAGAUGUUCUCCGCGUAUCAGAGGCACCAGAAAGAGAUGGGCUCAACAGAGGACCUUUACCUCUCCACACGAAAGGUGAAAGAGCUCUCUGUGAUUGAUGGCCGGAGGGCCCAGAAUUGUGUCAUUCUCCUUUCCAAGUUGAAGCUGUCUAAUGAAGAAAUCAGACAAGCAAUCUUGAAGAUGGAUGAACAAGAAGACUUAGCAAAAGAUAUGCUUGAGCAGCUACUGAAGUUCGUUCCUGAAAAGAGCGAUACUGACCUGUUGGAGGAGCACAAACACGAAAUCGAGCGCAUGGCCCGGGCAGAUCGUUUCCUCUUUGAAAUGAGCAGGAUUGACCACUAUCAGCAGCGGCUGCAAGCAUUAUUCUUUAAGAAGAAGUUUCCAGAGAGGCUGGCAGAAGCAAAACCAAAAGUGGAAGCCAUUCUUCUGGCAUCCAAAGAACUCAUCCGAAGCAAGCGUUUGAGGCAACUCUUGGAAGUAGUUCUUGCCUUUGGGAAUUACAUGAACAAGGGCCAAAGGGGAAGCGCUUAUGGCUUCAAAGUCUCCAGCCUGAACAAAAUUGCGGACACCAAAUCCAGCAUAGACAGGAACAUUACACUCUUGCACUACCUAAUUAUGAUCUUUGAAAAGAAUUAUCCAGAUAUCCUAGAUAUCCAGUCUGAGUUGCAGCAUCUUCCAGAAGCAGCAAAAGUCAACCUAGUAGAGCUGGAGAAGGAAGUCAACAACAUAAAGACUGGAUUGAAAGCUGUUGAAACUGAACUGGAUUAUCAGAAGAGACGCAUGCGAGAAUCAGGGGACAGGUUUGUUCCUGUGAUGAGUGAUUUCAUCACUGUGGCCAGUUUCAGCUUCUCAGAGUUAGAAGACCUUCUCAACGAGGCUAGAGACAAGUAUGCCAAGGCACUGAAGCAUUUUGGAGAGACUGAGGGCAAGAUGCAGCCAGAUGAAUUUUUUGGCAUCUUCGACACUUUCUUACAGUCAUUUGCAGAGGCCAAGCAAGAUCUGGAGAAUAUGAGGAAGAAAAAGGAAGAGGAGGAGCGCAGAGCACGCAUGGAGGCCAUGCUAAAAGAACAGAGGGAGAAAGAGAGGCGACAAAAGAAAGCAAAAGCUGGAAGCAUCUCUGAAGAGAGUGGAGAGUUUGAUGACCUGGUGUCAGCAUUAAGGUCGGGUGAAGUCUUUGACAAAGACUUAUCCAAGCUGAAGCGUAACCGCAAGCGUUCGGGGAACCAAGGCUUAGAGACAAGCCGUGAGCGGGUUGUGACAAAGCUAAAUUAUUAAUUACAAGAGGAAGAAAAAUAGUCAACCAAAAGAAGGUGUUGAAAAAGUGCAAAACAAGGAAGAUGAAUGUGUGUGAUGGCACCUGGCUGACAGCUGCCCCAAAGGCUUUCUUUGGUCUGUAGCUAGAGACAUUACCUUUCCAUGAUCAGCUUUCCUCUCACCCCUCUUCUGUGCUCCUAACUUGACCCAUUAUAAAAGUGCCUCUGUGGAUCCAGCAGGGCCUGUGACUGGGCCACGCAGAGCUGACAGAUUUGCUUCUGGGAGUUUGUUGUGUCAUCAAAGGCCUUAUGGUGAUGACAGAAAGUACUUGGGCCUUGCAGACAGCCUCACAGCUGGAACAGGAUAAUUUUCUGUGUGCCAAAGUAAAAACUAGUCAUGAUCUCCAUCUUGCUGAUAACAAGGAAGACUAAUUUCAGACCAAUUUUGUAAACAACUAUCACUUCUUCAGGAUAUAGACUGGCCUUCAGGGGUUUGUUGGGAUGUGGUUCUCAAGUUUCCAAUUCCAUUCUAGAACUGAAUUUUAUAAGCCACUGAUCAGCACCUGAAAAAUGCAUUUAAGCUCAUGUCCUGUAUAGUAUUUUUGUGUGGCCUACACUGUCCAAAGCAAGUGAAGCUUAGAAAGAAGUCAUCAGUUUCUGUAACAAAAUGAAAAUCAAGAAUCAGGAUCAACAUAGAAUAAUUUGCAAAAGUCUUUUGGAUUCUGCUUUGCUAGAAGAAGUUUUCUGGAAUUUCUUGGUGGUUGAGUCUCAAGGCUGUGAAAUGCAUCUUCUUUGAAAGAAACUCUGGCUUUCCUUUAGAAAACUAAGCCACUGCCAGGUUGGGAUUACAAGUAGAUGACUGUAGAGUCUGUUGUCAUUGCUAGAGGCUGGCAGAGAAUCAGUGGAAAAUUUCUGAUCUGUUUGUGCAAGAUUGGAAAUUGGGAGCUCCCUAGUAUCAUCCACAGGUCUCCAGUAUAAAACAGUGUACAGGUUCACUGCCUGCCAGAAGUGAGAUUUCUUUUCCACUUGAUGCUAGCUGUGAUUGCUGUUGGCAUGAACUGGUCUUUCUGUCUAACAGCCUGACCUCCAUUGCACACACCCCACUCUUGCUGAGGGGAAUCAUGUCACUCAGAAAGGUAUGAAUGGUGUCAAAGGAGAGCCUUGGAGCAUGCUGACUUUUUAAUUUUGAAAAAAUCACUUGGGAUGAACCACGGGAGAGCUCCAUAAUUAAAACUGAGAGUUUUUCAAGGAGGACACAGAAUUGUGUAAGCCAAGCAGGCUUUGAAGUUGAGCUAAUUCAGAAGAAACAAAUAAAUUUGUAGUUAGGUUACAUGAAUUAAAUAUAUAAGCAGAAAAGCAAAGAACCCAAGAAGAUGCUUGAAGUCUAUGUGUCUUCAUGGUUCUAGGAAAGGGAUUGGACUGUGUGGGCUGUCAUGGCCUUUUUUUUUUUACCUUUUUUUUUCAAACUUGUCUUCUUUUUUUAUUAUCUUCCCUGGAGAAGGAAAAUAGGAAAAGAAAUAA